AUGGAGAGGAUUGAGGAACAAUUCGCUAACCUGAACAUUGUUAAACGUUCCUCGGGGACUACAGAGCCUACUUACCUGCUGGGUAUAGAUGCAUCAAAAACCGUACAAGCAGAAAAAGAAAGCUUGAUCGCUGUUUUAUGUUCUAACGGAUCAAUCAGAAUCUACGAUAAAGAGAGGUUAUACAUACUACGAGAAUUUCAUGGCUAUCCUGGACUUCUCAAUGGAGUCAAAUUUGCAAAUUCUUGUGACAAUAUAUAUUCAUCAUGUACUGACGGCACUGUAAAAUGUUGGGAUGCUCGAUUAGCCAGUGAAAAACCUGUCCAGCUGUUCAAGGGUUACCCUUCCAAUAUUUUCAUUAGUUUUGAUAUCAGCUGUAAUGAUCACGUCAUUUGCGCUGGUACAGAAAAAGUUGAUGAUGAUGCAUUGCUGGUAUUUUGGGAUGCAAGAAUUAAUUCUCAGGAUUUGUCUACUUCUAAAGACCCACUUGGAGCAUAUUCAGAGACACACAGUGAUGAUGUCACUCAAGUACGCUUCCAUCCCAGCAAUCCCAACAUGGUGGUCUCCGGUUCAACUGAUGGCCUGGUGAAUGUAUUUGAUAUUAGUAUUGAUAAUGAAGAAGAUGCACUGGUUACGACCUGUAACUCUGUUUCUUCCGUAAGCUGUAUUGGUUGGUCUGGGAAGGACUAUAAACAGAUUUAUUGCAUGACGCACGAUGAAGGAUUUUGUUGGUGGGAUCUUAAUCAUCUGGAUACUGAUGAACCAAUUACACGUUUGAACAUCCAGGAUGUCAGAGAAGUAAUUAAUGUGAAAGGAGGCAUUUUGGACUAUUUGGUUGGUGGCCUGUAUCACGAAAAAAUGGACAAAUUGUUUGUUGUUGGGGGAACAAACACAGGAAUUAUUCACUUACUGAGCUGUACUACAGCAGGAUUGAUUCAUGUGACCAGCCUUCACGGAGGGCAUGCUGCUACAGUCCGUUCUUUCUGUUGGAAUAUGCAGGAUGAUUCUUUGCUAACCGGAGGGGAAGAUGCACAGUUGUUACUUUGGAAACCUGGAGCAUUAGACAAGACAUUUACAAAGAAAGACAGCAUGAAAAUAGCAUCCUCUGUGUACCAGCGAGUUCGAGUUCACAGUAAUGAUUCUUACAAGAAAAGGAAGAAGCAGUGA